AUGAAAAAUUUAGUUUCUAAUGUUUUAAAACCAUCUAUUUUUGUUGAUCACUCGGAUAUCAUUUAUUUUACAAAUGAUACUACGGUUAAAAUGUUAAAAACAGAUGGUUCAUUAAAAACUGUAGCUGGAAAUGGCACCUCGGGCUCUGCUUUGAAUCAACUGAAAUGGGCAUCAGGCAUCUAUGUUGAUCAAAAAGGAGCUGUUUAUGUAUCAGAUGGAGGCAAUUUUAGAGUGAUGAAAUGGAAUUCAAAUGCAAAAGAAGGAAUAAUAGUUGCAGGCGGAUAUGGACAAGGAAUGAAUGCAAGUCAACUGUUUGGUGUACAAUCUUUAUUUGUUGAUGAACUUAAUAACAAUACACUUUAUGUUUGUGAUGUUUACAAUUUCAGAAUACAAAAGUUUCUCAAGAAUUCGCUUAUCGGAAUUACAGUUCUAAAUAAGAAUAUGAAUUCUAUUCUUGAUUUUCCAAGUUCGAUAUACGUUGAUUUUAACGAUGUGAUUUAUAUAUCUCAAGAUAAAGGAAUAUUCAGAUGGUUUCAAGGUCUUCAACGUGCUGAAGUUGUUUUAGCUGGACAUGUGGGAAACAAUUCAGAUCGAUUUAGGUUCGGAUCUAGUUUCAAAUUCGAUAACAAUUGGAACAUCUUUCUAACAGAUGCAGUUAAUAAUCGCAUCCUAAAAUAUUUGUUUAAGACAGAAUCAUGUUCAACUAGCAAAUAACUCUAACUUAUCAUAUCGUAAAAUACUUUUAUAUCUCAUAAUUUUCUAUGUUUUAACUGAAUCUUUCACUAAUGCUAAAUAUUUUGAUAUUUCUUCUAAUAAAUUAUAAUCUUGAAUGUGCCGUAUGACUCAUGUAUGACAAAAAUUCUAACUUUUCUGUAACAUCGGUCUUGACGAAGAUUAUCCUGUCUUGUAAACUCUCAUAAAAAUAAAAACUGGCUUUCAUGUUUUAGUUCUUUAAAUGGCUCCUAAAACGAAAGGUUUAUCAGACAAAACAGUUUGCAAUGCUUUGCAGAAAGCGUCAAAAUAGGAAAGACAUAUUACUCGUUUCGAUUUUUUAUGCUCGUUUGGAAAAACAAAGAUUUUUUGAGUUUAAAUAGAAGUUUCUUAACUGUGAAAGUCGCAAAAAUUGGAAAACCGGUUUGAGAUUUGAUUUGAUUUGAUUUUCCCUAUUGAAGGAGUUAGUGGUACUGUCUUCCGAAAAUGAGAACUACAUUCUAGGGUGUCAGUGUGGGUGGGUGUGGGUGUGGGUGUGGGGUGUGGGUGUCGGUG